ACACUGCUCACUGAGACAUACACACAGGCUGCUUACAUAAUUUGAACUGCAACGUUCCUCUCAUUGUCAUCUGUGUGAGCAUUAGUCGCUGUUACUGAGCCUCCUGCUGUAUCGGAUCUUCCAAACUUCAUCAUCAUCGUUAUCAUCAUCAUCAUGAUAUUAAGCAUUGCUCUGAUCUGGGCAGUAGUUGUGGGAUUUUGCUGCCUGCUAUGGCUCGCUGUGGGGAUCCGACACAGGCAACCUGGUGAGCCUAUGGUUGAAAAUGGCUUCAUCCCUUACCUGGGCUGUGCUUUGCAGUUCGGGGCAAACCCUCUCAAAUUCCUUCGCAGCCGCCAGAAGAAGUACGGACAUAUUUUCACCUGCAAGAUUGCAGGCCAGUACAUUCACUUUCUGUGUGACCCCUUCUCGUACCACUCAGUCAUCAGACAGGGGAGGCACUUGGAUUGGAGGAAGUUCCACUUUGAUACAUCAGUCAAGGCCUUUGGCCAUGACAGCUUCGACCCUCGCCAUGGCCACACCACAGAGAACCUCCACCAAACCUUUCUGAAGACCCUACAGGGUGAGGCUAUACCCUCCCUGAUACAGACAAUGAGUGGCCACCUGCAGGAUGUAAUGCUGAAGUCAGACACACUCAGUCCCAGGAAGGAGCACUGGGAGGUGGACGGCAUCUUUGCUUUCUGUUACAAGGUGAUGUUUGAGGCUGGCUAUUUGACACUGUUUGGUAAAGAGCUUGGUGAAGACAAGUGUCAAGCUAGGCAGGCAGCCCAGAAAGCCUUGGUGCUCAACGCUCUGGAGAAUUUCAAAGAAUUUGACAAAAUCUUCCCUGCCUUGGUGGCUGGUCUGCCGAUCCAUGUCUUCAAGAGUGCCUACAGUGCCAGAGAGAACCUAGCAAAGACCAUGAAUCCUGAAAACCUUUCCAAGAGGGAGAACGUGUCUGACCUGAUCUCAAUGAGGAUAAUCCUAAAUGAUGCCUUAUCUACCUUUAAUGAUUUGAGCAAGGCAAGGACUCACGUCGCUCUGCUCUGGGCCUCACAGGCUAACACCCUGCCUGCUACCUUCUGGUGUCUCUUUUACAUGAUCAGGAGUCCUGAUGCUCUGAGAGCAGCUCGUGAGGAGAUGCAGAAAAUUGUGGAUGAUUCAGGUCUCACAGUUGACCCAAGUAACCCCUCUCUGAGCCUUACCAGGGAGCAGCUGGACAACAUGCCUGUUCUGGACAGCAUUAUCAAUGAAGCCAUGCGUCUUUCUAGUGCUUCUAUGAAUGUGCGUAUGGCCAAGGAAGACUUUCUGCUUCACCUUGACAACCAAGAAACUUACCGUAUAAGGAAGGAUGAUGUCCUUGCUUUAUAUCCGCCCAUGCUGCACUACGAUCCAGAAAUCUAUGAGGAUCCCUAUGAAUACAAGUUUGACCGUUUCCUGGAUGACAAUGGUCAGGAGAAAACUGCAUUUUUCCGCAACGGACGGCGUCUGCGUUAUUACUGCAUGCCAUUCGGCUCCGGGGUCACCAAAUGCCCUGGCAGGUUUUUUGCUGUGUAUGAGAUCAAGCAGUUCCUCAGUCUUGUGCUGUCCUACUUUGAUGUGGAACUGUUGGACCCCGCUGUCAAAGUCCCACUUCUAGACCAGUCCCGUGCUGGACUGGGAAUCCUUCAGCCUACCUAUGAUGUGGACUUCAGGUACAAGCUGAAAUCAAAACAAUAGGCUUUAUCUUUUGUCAGAAUGUUGAAGUGCAUAUUGUACAUAGUGUAUAUUUAUCAGUGUUAAUGAAUAUGCUUUGCUGCAUUAUGUAAAUAGAUUGAAUUAUACAUUUCUGUUGUUUUAAUUUUGCUACUGAAGAACAUGAAUUCCUUUUUUAUCUUUCAAUUGAGCUUUGUUUCUCUCUUGCACAACAAUGACUGAAAUGCAAUAACUAGGUGAGGAUGCAUCCCUGUAUGUAUGCAAGUGGUGUCAGACCCAUGUAUGUGUAAUAGUUUGUGUAACACGGGUAGACAGGCUUAUAAAUGGGGCCCAGUACAUGUGAUAUGAAUCAUUUGAUUGUGUUUUUUUAUGUUUUGUUUUUCUGUACAGAUGUAUUGAGGUAGUAGAAUGUGCUACUGGCAUGUUGAGUUAUGCAUAUUUCAGUGGUGGUUUGAUAAAAGGGAGAUCUGCUUUUGUUACAUUACUGCCAACAGGUAGCUUUUCUACCUGGCAGGCAGCCGUUUGAUUCAAGAGAUAUCACCAAACCACAUUACUGUUUUAAUGGUAAUAUAGUAAAGACUGUAAAUCAAUCCACAAUCAUGAACUUCAUAAAGAGAGCUACAAAACGUUUGAAAGUAUAAAAAUAAAAAACAUUGAAGGAAAA